UUCUAUUUUGAGAUAAUCGGGAUCUCAUCUUUCAAUCGGAGAGGUUAUUGAGUCUCGCGUUUUAGAGAAGAGCAGCCAAAAGAGGAAGAGAUGACUAGGAGGUGUUCCAAUUGCAGUAACAAUGGGCACAAUUCAAGAACGUGCCCCAACAGAGGAGUCAAGCUCUUUGGUGUCCGUUUAACAGACGGAUCAAUCAGGAAGAGUUCUAGUGUGGGAAAUCUAAUGCACUACACUGGAUCCAACGGCAAUAACCGUCACAACAAUGGGAACAAUCCUUGUUUGCAGGGCGAGACGCCGGAGCACGGUGCCGCUGCUGAUGGUUACGCUUCUGAGGAUUUAGUCCCUGGUUCUUCUUCCAGACGCGAGCGAAAAAAAGGGGUGCCAUGGACCGAAGAGGAACACAGGAUGUUUCUACUUGGUCUUCAGGAGCUUGGUAAAGGUGAUUGGCGUGGAAUAGCACACUACCAUGUACAAUCAAGAACACCAACUCAAGUGGCAAGCCAUGCUCAGAAAUAUUUUAUCCGGCAGAGGAAUAUGUCCAGGGGAAAUAGAAGAUCCAGCGUGUUUGAUGUCAUAGCUGAUGAAUCAGUCAACACUCUUCCAUCUGCAUCACAGGAACUGUUCCCCAUCAGCAAUUCUCAAGCUGAAAAUCAGAGCAACAACCUGUUGCCAGCUCCUCCAGCUGUGGAGGAAGAAUCCCUUGGCCACUCCAGACCCUCAUCUCUUUCACUAAAAUGGCUUGAAGGAUCUACUAGGCAAUCUGCUUUACAUCCUAAGCUCUCCACUGGUGGGUCCGACAUGGACACAAGCAGCAGUGAUUGGUUGGGCCUGUGA